AGGAUAUAAUGGAAUAUGUUUUGUACGCGAAAUAGCAAACAUUUAAUUAGGUUGUUAACCUGCCGUUUUCGAGUUAUUCCCGAUUGUAACAUUACUAGAAAGAGUUGUAGGGCUGGACUGUACAGAUUAGAAAUGAGUAGCCUAGCCUUGCUAGCAGUUCAGAGACUUGUAAAGUCGAAGCACAAGCUGAAGCACUGCAAACUGUAUUAUUGUUCAAACUUGGCUUCGCCACGGUCUUGUUUCGAUUUGUUGCAUUUCAGGUUUUUCUGUUUAUUUAGCCGGCUUACCUACUGUGCGAUUGUGGGAGGGUUUGGCAACUCAGUCGUUAACAUCUUUCUGAGCUCAUGGUGACGCCUGCAAAGUAGCCUCCUUCAAAGGUUCUCUUUUUAUUUGGAUUGUUGAUGUGCGGUAAUACGGAUUAUUAACGGGACAGCCUCAAAUCGCUGCAGAACGUUCCAAGAAGAGUAGACGCUUCCUCGUUCCUGACGCCACUUAAUAUUAACGAGGUGAGCUGUCUCCACCCUCGCCACAAUGACAAAAUUGGCCUUCCUACGUUUGUCCUAUGAGAAGCAGGACACAUUGCUGAAGCUGCUCAUCCUUUCUAUGGCUGCUAUCCUCUCAUUCUCCACCAGACUGUUUUCCGUCUUGAGGUUUGAAAGUGUCAUCCACGAGUUUGAUCCGUAUUUCAACUACCGUACAACACGCUUCCUGGCAGAAGAAGGAUUUUACAACUUUCAUAACUGGUUUGAUGACCGAGCAUGGUAUCCACUUGGGAGGAUCAUCGGUGGCACCAUUUAUCCAGGACUGAUGAUCACCUCGGCUGCCCUGUACCACGUCUUACAUUUUUUCCACAUCACCAUUGAUAUCCGCAAUGUCUGCGUUUUUCUGGCUCCCUUGUUCUCAUCCUUCACAGCCAUUGUCACCUAUCACUUCACCAAGGAGUUGAAGGAUGCCGGUGCUGGGCUCUUGGCUGCAGCCAUGAUUGCUGUGGUACCUGGUUACAUCUCCCGUUCUGUUGCUGGCUCCUAUGACAAUGAAGGUAUUGCCAUCUUCUGCAUGCUGUUGACUUACUACAUGUGGAUCAAGGCUGUAAAAACUGGAUCUGUGUACUGGUCCUCUAUAUGCGCUCUGGCCUACUUCUAUAUGGUUUCGUCCUGGGGUGGCUAUGUGUUCCUGAUCAACCUUAUCCCCCUCCACGUCUUGGUUCUGAUGCUCACGGGACGUUUCUCUCACCGUAUCUAUGUAGCAUACUGCACAGUCUACUGCCUGGGCACCAUCCUGUCCAUGCAGAUUUCCUUUGUUGGUUUCCAGCCGGUGCAGUCCUCCGAGCACAUGGCAGCAUUUGGCGUGUUUGGCUUGUGCCAGAUUCAUGCCUUUGUGGACUACCUACGCAGCAAACUCAACGCUCAGCAAUUUGAGGUGCUGUUUAAGAGCGUCAUCUCCCUGGUGGGAUUCCUCCUGCUGUCCGUGGGUGCUGUUCUCAUGCUGACGGGAAAGAUAUCGCCAUGGACUGGUCGUUUCUACUCCUUGCUGGACCCCUCCUAUGCCAAAAACAAUAUCCCCAUCAUUGCGUCUGUCUCUGAGCACCAGCCCACUACUUGGUCCUCCUACUAUUUUGACCUCCAGCUGCUGGUGUUUAUGUUCCCAGUCGGUCUUUACUACUGUUUCAACAACUUGUCGGAUGCGAGGAUCUUCAUCAUCAUGUACGGCGUGACCAGCAUGUACUUCUCAGCUGUCAUGGUUCGACUGAUGUUGGUGUUGGCCCCUGUCAUGUGCAUCCUGUCUGGCAUCGGUGUAUCCCAGGUGCUAACAACCUACAUGAAGAAUUUGGACGUCAGCAGGCCAGACAAAAAGAGCAAGAAGCAGCAGGACUCCACCUACCCCAUUAAAAACGAAGUUGCCUCUGGGAUGAUUCUGGUAAUGGCCUUCUUCCUAAUCACAUACACCUUCCACUCUACCUGGGUGACAAGCGAAGCCUACUCCUCUCCCUCAAUUGUCCUGUCUGCCCGUGGAGGGGAUGGCAGCCGUAUCAUCUUUGAUGACUUCAGAGAGGCCUACUAUUGGCUUCGCCACAACACCCCAGAGGAUUCUAAAGUUAUGUCAUGGUGGGAUUACGGCUACCAGAUAACUGCAAUGGCUAAUCGAACCAUUCUAGUGGACAACAACACGUGGAACAACACGCACAUCUCUCGAGUUGGGCAGGCCAUGGCAUCCACUGAGGAGCGAGCCUAUGAGAUUAUGAGGGAGCUAGAUGUCAGUUAUGUCCUGGUCAUCUUUGGAGGACUGACAGGUUAUUCCUCAGAUGAUAUCAACAAGUUCCUGUGGAUGGUCCGCAUCGGGGGCAGCACGGACACAGGGAAGCACAUCAAGGAGCACGACUACUACACUCCCACGGGGGAGUUCAGAGUGGACCGCGAAGGCUCACCCGUGCUCCUCAACUGCCUCAUGUACAAAAUGUGCUACUACCGCUUUGGCCAGGUCUACACCGAGGCCAAGCGCCCACCAGGUUAUGACAGAGUGAGGAACGCUGAAAUUGGUAACAAAGACUUUGAACUGGAUGUGUUGGAAGAGGCCUACACGACAGAACACUGGCUUGUUAGGAUAUACAAGGUGAAAGAUCUGGACAACCGGGGUCUUUCAAGAACAUAAACCCCUUGAAGACAAUGAAACACCCUGUUUGCGCACAGCACUGAACACCUUUCCCUAUGGUCAGCAGAUGAGCUGGUCAACAAUACUUUUUUUUUUUAUACGGUUUGUUUUGGGGAAGAAAACUGCAGAGAGAUUUGUGUGGGUGUGUAUGUGAGAUUUUGUUCUGUUAUUAUAAUAAAUUGUUUCAUAAUACCCAGUCUGAUGUUGGGAAGCCUAAUUUGACAAAGUGGCCAAAAGUCAGCAGUGUUCAUUGGAGCAGCUUUUUGAUUUUGUACAAUGUGGUCAAAUAAAGCAGGAAUUAAACAUGGGUAAAACAUU